CCUUCCUGGACCCUUGCUGCCAAGAGACGCGAAGCCGAGAGGAGAUCUCACGAGAGUAAAAGUCAAAGUCUCGCGAUUAUUUAUUUAUUAAUUUAUUGCCUAGCGACCGAGCACCGACUGGGUUACGCGAAGUAGAAGCCCCGAAGUGGCCUGGUCUCAGAUUGGAGUGAGACCCCAGCCUUCGCUGGGGUUCUUUCCAUAGAGAGGAGACGGAUCCAGAGGGGCUUCAGACCAAGGUUGUUGAAAACCAGACAUAUGAUGAGCGUCUAGAGAUUAAUGACUCUGAAGAGGUUGCAAGUAUUUAUACUCCAACCCCAAGACACAAAGGAAUUCCUCAUUCUGCUCAUCUUACCAACAAGACUAUGGCUGACAACAACAAUGAUGAGUUAGCAGAGGAAAAUAACAAGGAGAAGAAGAAGACCUCCCAGCUGACGCCUCAGCGGGGCUCCAGCGAAAACGAUGACGACGACGACGAAGAUGAUGAUGAUGGCACAUCGGAAACGGACUCUGAUGAUGACGAUGAUGAUGAUGAGCAUGGGGCCCCUCUGGAAGGGGCCUAUAACCCUGCGGAUUAUGAGCACUUGCCAGUUUCUGCCGAGAUCAAGGAGCUCUUCCAGUAUAUCAGCCGGUACACGCCUCAGUUGAUCGGCCUGGACCACAAACUGAAACCCUUCAUUCCUGACUUUAUCCCGGCCGUUGGGGACAUUGACGCCUUCUUAAAGGUGCCACGUCCUGAUGGGAAGCCCGACAACCUUGGCCUGUUGGUAUUAGAUGAGCCGUCUACCAAGCAGUCGGACCCCACAGUGCUUUCUCUCUGGUUGACAGAGAAUUCCAAACAGCACAAUAUCACGCAACAUAUGAAAGUGAAGAGUCUGGAAGAGGCAGAAAAGAAUCCCAAGGCCAUCGACACAUGGAUUGAGAGCAUCUCUGAGCUGCACCGUUCUAAGCCCCCCGCGACCGUGCAUUAUACGAGGCCCAUGCCCGAUAUUGACACACUGAUGCAAGAAUGGUCCCCUGAGUUUGAAGAGCUUUUGGGCAAGGUGAGCCUGCCCACGGCGGAGAUCGAUUGCAGCCUGGCACAGUACACCGACAUGAUCUGUGCAAUCCUGGACAUCCCCGUCUACAAGAGUCGGAUUCAGUCCCUGCACCUGCUCUUCUCCCUCUAUUCGGAAUUUAAGAACUCCCAGCAUUUUAAAGCUCUUGCCGAGGGCAAGAAACCCUUCACGCCACUGUCCAAUUCCACCUCGCACACCGGAGACGCAGAGACUCUGACCUUCAGCUGAGAUCGCCCGGCCGGAGCUGGCCUAUUUGCUGGCUGAGGAGAGCUGGCUGCCAGCUGCCUGCCACCCACGCCCCCUAGACACCACCAGUCAUGCGCUGGCCCAG